UAGCUUGGAGCAGUUUAUAGCGCACCAAAAUGGAUCUUGAAGGAAAUCGGGAGAUACAGGCUAAGAAAAAUGCUUUAUACUUAGCAGUUAUUUUACUUCUCUGUCUUACCAUAACAGUCGGUUGUUACUUCUUCAUAAAAGACAACGGGAAUGGUCUGUACAUCAAACGUGACGAAUGGACAUCGGUAGUGUCCAUUGGUAGACCAUUUCUGGAUCAUCCAGUAAAAAAAGUUGUUCUAUAUUUUGAACCUGCUUAUCGGUGCGAAACAAGGGAAGAAUGCCUGGACCUUAUGAGAUUUAUUCAAAACACUAACAUGAGGGAAAUGCGGUGGCCGGACAUAGGCCACAGUUUCAUAGUAGGCGGUGAUGGAGAUAUAUAUGAAGGGCGUGGUUGGGAUGUACAACCUAUCGACGCUAAAGGCUAUAUAGCUGAUUGCAUAAGCAUUGUCUUUACCGGUUGGUUUGAAGAUAAAGAGAAAGAAGAGGAACAGGUGAAGGCUGUUAAGAGGCUUUUAAAGGAAGGACUUCAUCUAAAUAAACUACACUCAGAUUACGAAUUUGAAGUUAAGUUCUCCUGUUAUGGAUGUCCUGAAAAUAAUCUUGAUGAGAUGAAAAAGCAUUGGCCAUACUGGUCAAAGCAUCCUGAUAUAUUGCGUAAUUAAAAUGAUGUCUUCUUAUUGCUUAAAUAGUGAACUGAUUAAAUGUUAACCUGCUGAAGCAGAAAAAUAACAA